UUUCAAGCGGGCUUCUCCUCAUCGUUGAUAUCCCAACCUGCUCGGGUGGAUCUUUUUCUCCAUCGAUUUUUCACACCGCACGUCAUGGCUGUGGAACCCGGGGCCUGUUUGUCCACUACUGAGGACUCGUACAUAAACAUAGCAACCAGCCAUGUACCCCGUUUUUUCGUAGAACUCACGCUAUCUGGUUACUUUCGAUCAUGGCAGACGUACGGCCAGAGCAAACACGCAACCCUAGUCACGACCUGAGCGGAAACAACUCGGAAAAAGAUGAUGAAACAACACGCAGUCCCAGCCCUGUUGGCGAGCAGAAUGAGAAGGCUGUCGUCGAUGCCCAAGGCCGAAGAGAACUGAAAGAGACCGAUUGUCCUGAAAUCCUCGCAUACUCCUGGCCGACAUGGAAGAAGUGGGGUUACCUGGCCGGCAUUGCCGGUAUCCAGAUCUCCAUGAAUUACAACACCAGUGUCUUCCCUAGUGCUGUCACUCCUCUGACGGAAGCUUUCGGUAUCGGUGCUCAAGAAGCCAGGACUGGUCAAAUGAUCUACUUGGUCCUAUACUCCUUCGGUUGCGAGUUGUGGGCACCCUGGUCCGAGGAAUUCGGUCGUUGGCCCAUCCUUCAGCUCUCUAUGUUCCUCAUCAACAUCUGGCAGAUUCCUUGUGCCUUGGCUCCCAACUGGGGAACUAUUCUCGUCUGCCGCGCUUUGGGUGGUCUCUCUACUGCUGGCGGUAGUGUCACUCUCGGUCUCAUCGCCGAUCUGUACGGUCCCGAGGAGCAACAGUAUCCUCUUGCCUUCAUCGUUUUGUCCUCUUGUAUCGGUACCAGUAUCGGAGGUGUCAUUGGUGGACCCAUUCAGCGCUUCCUUGAGUGGCAAUGGUUCUUCUGGAUCAUGCUCAUCUUUGGCGGUGUCGUUCAAGCCAUCCACUUCUUCAUGCCCGAGAGUCGUUCGACCAUUCUCCUCGACAAGGAGGCCAAGCGCCGCCGCAAGACUGGUGAGGACCCCAACAUCUACGGACCCAACGAGCUCAAAACACCCCGUAUCUCACUCAAGGAGGCCGGCAAGGUCUGGCUUCGUCCCUUUGAGAUGUUCCUCCGUGAGCCCAUUGUCCUCUGUUUGUCUUUGCUCUCCGGUUUCUCGGAUGCUCUGAUUUUCACCUUCCUUGAGAGUUUCCCCGAGGUCUACGGCAAGUGGGAUUUUGGUAUUCUUGCUCAAGCAUGGGCCUUUAUCCCCAUUAACCUUGCAUACUUCAUCGCCUACCUCAUGUAUCUGCCUUGCUUCAUGCGCGACAACCAAAUCCGCAGAAGAAAGGGCGAUGACUGCUUCUUGCCCGAACGCCGUCUCAAGGUGCUGCUCUGGCUGGCUCCCCUCGAACCCAUUGGUUUGAUCGGCUUCGCUUGGUGCUCUCUCGGUCCUGCCUACAACGUUCACUGGAUCGCUCCCAUGAUCUUCUCCACUCUGGUCGGUAUUGCCAACUACGCCAUCUACUUCUCAUCAGUCGACUACAUGAUUGCCGCCUAUGGUGUCUACUCUGCCUCCGCUUGCGGUGGUAACGCGUUUGCUCGUGACUUCCUCGCUGGUAUUUCGGCCAUGUACGCCACUCCUCUCUACACCAACAUUGGUGGUCACCCUACCGAGUACGCCAGUACCAUUCUCGCUGGUGCAUCCGUCCUGGUCGUCAUUCCCAUCUACGUCUUCUACUGGAAGGGUCCUGAAAUUCGCGACAGGUCCAAGUUUGCAAAGACUUUGGCAGAGGAUCGUAAGAAGGAGGGAGUCAGACGUCUCAGUUAUGCCGACAACCUGCCGUAGAGAGUCUUGUCAGACAAUGCUUCUCAUCCCAGUUUGCUUUUCAUUAUAAUUGUACUAUCAGAUCAGAUACCCCGUGGAUUGUAUAGAUACCCCAUAUGACCGUUUGAGCCAUUUACACUUGAUUUCGCAUCGUCCGAGAGCGUUGCAUAGCAGUGCAUCAUAUAUCUUCUUAACG